CCACGGUCCCCAAUCUCAUUUCGCCCUGUGCUGGUGUCCACCAGAUCCAGCCAGUCAAACAGUCGUCUUGGCUGCUCGAUACAAGCCUUCGUUCAGCCGAACAAGCUUUGAUUCAGGCUAGCCAAGCAUGCGGGUCUCGAAAUUUCUGUCCGACUCUUAUCAUCGGCGACCCCGUGCGAGACACAACAGCACCGGUCAACUGCCAGAGGAAUACUGCAGCAGAGGUAGGAUACCAAAGGUAUUGAGGGAUCCUACUGUUCAUGUAAACCUGUCGGCAGACUCCCAUCACAGUCAGUGUACUUGGCCUGGCAUAACUAUAAGCUAAGAGUGAAUGGCGGUUGUUAUAACACAGGCAGCUUGACCCCAAGGUCCUCGUGCUAGAAAAGACUGCCACAAGGUGGAUUGACCGGCGCGAUAAGUAUCCCACUUCAAAUAUCUCCUAUAAGUAUGAGCAUCAGCCCCGAGACCAGAUUCCGUAUGCGAACCCUCCAACAAGUGCUCUCUCCCGUCACUUCCUUACCCACUACGAUGUCUUUCAACCCCAACGCCGUGGACUUGGACUCUGCGGACCCAAGAGAUAUUAUCUGUUACCUGAACGCUGGCGAGAACGACUACGAUGGGCGCCUGGGUGCUCGCAUCUCUGCCAUCUUCGUCAUCUUCGUCGUGUCUACGGCGGUUACCUUCUUCCCUGUGCUCGCCAAACGCAACCCCCGACUGCAUAUUCCCCAGUAUGUCUACCUGUUCGCCCGAUACUUCGGUGCAGGUGUCAUCGUCGCCACCGCGUUCAUCCAUCUACUCGACCCCGCAUACGACGAGAUCGGCCCAGCAAGCUGCGUGGGCAUGACGGGCCACUGGGCAGACUACUCUUGGUGUCCUGCAAUCGUGCUCGCCUCGGUGAUGGGCAUCUUCCUGUUGGACUUUGGAGCUGAACGCUACGUGGAGGUCAGAUACGGGGUCUGCAGGGAGGAUCCGGAGACGUUCAUGACCAGCACUGCGGACAACGAGGAGGCUGUACGCGCGCAGGUCGAUCGCACUGCGAAAAAGACGGACGAUGAGCUCGAGGCUCGGUCGCUGGAUUCAGGCUGGAUUGAACGCUCCUUCAGGCAGCAGAUUGCAGCCUUUCUGAUACUCGAGUUCGGCGUCAUCUUCCACUCCGUCAUCAUCGGCCUGAACCUGGGGGUCACUGGCGAAGAGUUCCCAACCCUAUACCCCGUGCUGGUCUUCCAUCAGUCCUUCGAGGGCCUGGGUAUCGGAGCCAGGAUGUCGGCCAUUCCAUUCCGCAAGGGUAGCUGGCUUCCAUGGGUACUCUGCCUGCUCUACGGCCUCACUACUCCGAUUUCCAUUGCCAUUGGACUCGGUGUGCGCACGACCUACAACUCCGGGUCAUACACUGCGAACGUCGUGUCGGGCGUCCUCGAUGCCAUCUCAGCGGGCAUCUUGAUUUAUACAGGUCUUGUCGAGCUGCUCGCCAGGGACUUCCUCUUCGACCCGCAUCGCACUCAGGAUAACAAGCGCCUGGUGUUCAUGGUGGUUUCGCUGCUGUUGGGAACGGGCAUCAUGGCGCUCCUCGGAAAAUGGGCAUAAUUAUGCCAAUAACACUUGAUAUCCAGCUUAUACUUUGCAAGCAGGGACAUUGUCUGAGCCCGAUCAUCUGGCAGUGUCUCUACGCAUACUCCCUCUCAUCUCCUGAAUUCGUUGUCAGUGCACUCUUUCGAUUCAUCCACAUUCAUUACCAAUAGUAUCG